AUAAACGCACCAUCUUAUAUCGGUAGAUUCUUACAGUUAAUAAAAGCGUUUAUGAGUCCAAAAAUUUAUGAGAGAGUGAAAGUUUUCGAAUCCGGAAUAGAAUCAAUAUAUGAAAUAAUAUCAAAAUCUAAUUUACCCGCGGAUUAUGGCGGUGAGGAACCGUCAUUGGAAGCUCUAACAGAUAUGUGGCAUGCGAAAUUGUUGGAACGAAGGGAAUGGUUACUGGAGCAAGAAAAAGUUAAGAGCAACGAAUCUCUACGAACUGAUCACGUAAUAAAUGCGGAUGAAUUAUUCGGAAUUAAUGGGACAUUCCGUAAGUUAGAAAUCGACUGA